GUCUCGGUGGAGCUCAGAAACUUGACGUGCUUAAACAUUGAAGCGUCAGUUGUGAGUCACAUUCGCUGCGAAGUGCAUAAAAAAAAAGAUCCGAUCCCUCGUUUUCCGUGAAUUUCAGUCUAUUGGAAACAGUGAAAUCGUUUAACAUUGUGAUCAUCUUGGAUAUUAUGAAGCGAGAUGGCAGCAAAUUGAGCUUGGCACAAGUCAAAAUGGAUGGUUGCAAGUUUCUCAACUCCGUCAACAUCAGCAGCUUUUAUGGCAAGUUCUUUAAGCGCUUUCAAAUUGGCAGCAAUCUACCCACAAAUUGCCCAGUAUCAGAGUGCAUAACGUAUGGCAUGACAAAUGUCACAAUGAGCCCUGAUAUGUAUCCGACCGGAAUAUUUGACUUAAACUACCAAUUGCACCUCAAGUUUCUGCGGGGCGAACAAUAUUUGGUGUAUGUAUUCUCAGAAGGCUCUGUUUUCUAUUAGUGCAAUUAAGCAUAUGGCAAUCGGACGUUAUUGAACUAAUAAAUUAAUGUCAACACAACGAAGCAAUUAGAAAUAUUAAAAGAAAUAAAUUGUCAAGUGUUCUUUGCUUUUUGGUGUGCUCUUGCGAUAUAUUCAUUAUGUUAAAAUUAUAAAAUAAUAGCUUAUAUAUUUAGUAUAUAUUUUAUAUCCUUUCUUCUAAUACUUUUCACGAACAAUGUGAACAAUUUACAAAUUUAUAU